GGUCUAUUCAGCGCCGAGCGUCGAUGUGCCUAUCGCUCUAGAUUCGACAACAAGGAGGAACAGAUUAUAUUCUGUUAUUUUAUAACUGUCAUCCAUCUACUGUAUCACCCCUCCAUCCUCACCCUCAUCCUUCAUGGCUCCAUCGGUCGUCCUUCUCCUCCUCGGCCUGCUGAGCUCAGUCGGUUCUCUGCCUCCUCCGCGGACCUCCUUCCUCCUCAACUCUGCAGGCAGACCUCUGGUCCACUUCAGCCUCCCCGACGUCCACAACACCACCACACUGUUGCUAAGUGACGACGGCUCCACCCUGUACGUAGGGGCGCGAGACGCCGUCCUCUCAUUGGACGUCAGUCAGAGUGAUGCCAUCGUCCUGAAGAGGAAGGUAUCGUGGAGUCCAUCUGAGACUGAGAUACAAGACUGUCAAGUUAAAGGGAAGAACCCAACGGUCGACUGUCCAAACUUCGUCCAUGUGUUGCAGCCGAUAAACUCCACCCAUCUCUACGCCUGUGGCAGCUACGCCUACAGCCCCCAUGAUGCCUACAUCGACACUGAGAGCUUCUCCAUGGUCCAACAUGGCAGUGCUAAAGGUCGCUGUCCGUUCAGCCCCUUCCAGAGGAACACCGCCAUCUCCAUCGACGGCGAGCUGUUCACCGCCACGACGACCGACUUCAGAGGAGUCAAACCACAGAUUUCUCGACACUUCAGCAAACACAAACGUCCCGAUGUCAGCCAGGACUUGUCCGUCAGUUUACUGGAGGAGCCAACGUUUGUGAGCUCAUCAUCGGACCCGGCAGAGAGGAAACUCUACUUCUUCUUUAGUGAAGUUGGGAAAGAGUUCAGCUUCGUGGACGAGCUGCAAAUCGCCCGGGUUGCCCAAGUCUGCAAGGAUGACGUCGGUGGACAGAGGAUUCUGCAGAAGAAGUGGACGUCCUUUGCCAAAGCCACCCUGCUCUGUCAGUCUCCGAAACAGCUUCCCUUCAAUGUUCUCCAGGAUGUGUUCAUCCUCCAGCCACCAGAGGGCAGCGACGCCUCAGAAACCCUGUUCUACGGCGUCUUCACCUCUCAGUGGUCCUCAGGUCCAGAGUCUGCAGUUUGUGUCUUUAAGCUGCAGGACAUCAGGAAAGCGUUCACUGAGAGCUACAGGACCUUCGACAUGCAGACCCACCAGUUGAGUCUGCUGCUGGGAAAACACUCCUACCUGGGAAAGUGUGGACUGGACAAUGCUUCAGAUUCUGAAUUAACAGAGGUGAAGAGGAGUUUCCUGACCAGCAGUGGUGUAAAACCAGUCACAGACGGUCCGUUUGUUGUUUCUUCAGGGCAACAAUACAGUCGAGUGGCUGCGAUGAGGACGGAGGCGGCCAAUGGCAAACAGUAUACCGUCCUUUUCCUUCUUACAGAGUCUGGAUUCCUGCACAAAGUGGUUUUGUUCGAUCAGGGUGCUCGAGUCAUUGAGGAGAUUCAGGUCUUCACACAACCUCAGCUGGUCAAAAACAUCGUACUCUCCUCCACCAAGGGAGUACUUUAUGUGGGGACCUCUGAGGGUGUGACCGCUGUACCCGUGGCCAGCUGCUCGAGCUACAGAACCUGCGGCCAGUGUGUUCUGGCCAGAGAUCCUCUCUGUGGAUGGAGUCCGACCAGGAGGGUCUGCACCGGUCUGGACAGCAGUCCCGAUACCAUGGUUCAAGACCUGGAGAACGGCAAUGUGGAAGAGGCAUGUCCGCCAGAAACUAGGACCAGACUGAACACAGAAGUCAGUGUUCAUUUGAACGAGGCAGUGAAGCUUCAGUGUCUGAAACCUUCCAACCUGGCCACUCUGACCUGGACCUCCCCUAAAUACAAAAACCUGUCUGAGAAACUCUUCUUCCAAUCAUGUGACAGCAGCCUCAGCUUUUUCGCCACCGCCGCCACCUUCGGGACCUACCGCUGCGAGGCAGAGGAAGACGGGUACAAGGAAGUAGUCAUGAGCUAUACUGUCCAACAGGUGGCUUCUCCACGCUCCAUGAGCCCCAAGCCAAAUGUCGACGAGUCUUACAAGGACAUUGCGACGGAGGAGCCACUGACUCCUAUGAUUCAGCCUGCAGAAGACCCAGGGGACCACCUGAUAGAGGACAAAGGUGAUAAAUUCACAACCAGUUUUAAAGACGAGACCAUCUCCAAAAAUGAAGAUUCUGAGUUGAAGGACAACUUUCAAGACAACGGUUUGAACUUGACUGUGACCUCCAGAAAAGAGACCCAGUCCUGGAAGGAGCGGGUCGAUGUCACUUGUAAAGAGAAGAGUUACUACAGUGAGCUGGUUGUUGUUUCCCUCCUGCUGGCGAUCUGCAUCUGCAUCCUGGCACUCGGAGGGGUCUACCUGUCGCGCCAGAGUAAAACUCAAGUCAAAAUUAAUCCUCUGGUCAGUCCGGACGCUGGUCCUGAACUCAAGGUGGUGGACUGACAGUGUUUCAGUUAAAGAGGCCUUAACUCAGAUUUUGAUGGUUUAGCUCAAACAUUUGCCUCGAGGAGCUUGUCUCGUGGUCCCACAUCGAAACGCACAUAAUCCGCUCGUUAACCGUCUUACCUAAAGUCCGAUGUUUCAGAGGGAAAUCAGUUUCAUGGCAGAGGUAGCCCCAGUUUUUGUCUCUCAUCUAUAGCAUUACAUUCAAAGUUACAGUGGUGACCCUCUGCCUCUCAGAAAUAUAAGUACUUGCCGAUCUUAUGAGAUUUUUAGAGAUUUUAAGAUUUUUAACCAGUUAACCAAGGUGCGACUCUGUUCCAGGUAACUGGUCACCUCCCUUCCAGUGGUUUAGGAAACUAGCCAACUAGCAGGGGGAGUAUUUUUUCACUCAGAUAGUCAGAAGAGUCUUUGGGGAAACUGGAAAUACCUUCAAAACACCAGUAAGUGUUGUUAAACCACUUUAAAGGUGGGUUAAAGGUUAACAGGGUAAUUGUUUCUCUGAAAAAAUGAUUGUUACAACUUUGACUCGAAGGUAAUGUUAAUAAAUGAGAGGCACAGAAUUGGGCCAUAACAAAGACAGGUUGUGUUUAGCCUAGCUUAGUACAAAGACUGGAAACGGGGAAAACUGCUAGCCUAGCUCCAUCGAUAGUGCAGAAAAAAUACACCUGCCAACAACUCUGAAGUACUCGAUAGCACUUCAUUUUAUGCUAACCGACAGUAUGGUAACCAUCUGUAUAGAGUUAGCUCAGACUCAGCGUUUUAAAAUUCUGUCUUUACUGAGACUUCAGGCAUCCUGACGUCCUUGGAGUUUAAGAUGCUGACCAUGUCUUCGCAGUGUCCCUGGUUCAAGUUCCAUCAGGAACCUCUGUUGCAUUUCAUCCACAUAUUUCCCCCCUGGAUAUUGUCCUCUGUCUAAAAAAUGGAAACAAUCCCCCCAGAAGUACUUAAAAGCAGAUACUUCAAACCUGCUGGAAAUGACUUCAUAUUCAGCAGAUUAUUUUUUCGUUUUUUCAACUUGUGGUGGAGCUAGGCUAACAGUUUCCCCCAACUUCCAGUCUUUGUGCUAAGCUAGGCCUGAACUCGAUAUUAAAUCAAUUUGGUGAAAAGCUAACAACAGAAAACUAGAACUAGAUUUAUAUUUCUUAGAGUUUCGCUUUUGGCAGUGAAAGAAGUGGAGACCUUUUGAUGAAGCUGUCUGCUACUAGGUUUAAAUUCACUGGAGUUUCUGGGUCCUUUUAGUUCCUUACAUUUCUUCAGUUUCUUGUUCCCUAAACUUGCAUUAGGAGGUUCUUUGGCUUUACAGUAUUACUUCACUGCCAAAGAUCAUUUCACUUCUGUGGUGAGAGAGACCGAAUUAAAACUUCACUGUCUCUUUCCUGAACCAAAACUGGAUCAUUAACUGGUCAAUGCAGACAACUGCUCCGGGGCCCAAGACCCCCACAGGCCCCAAGGCCCCAGGUUCACUUUUUACGACUGGUCGGAGCCACUAAAGGAACCACUAAAGGGCAACAUCAGCUAAGAUUGGCUCUUAAUCGCUUGUUCCUGUCGCCUGGUCCUGUAGGGGGGCAGUGUGUCAAAGUUUUAAUUAUUCUUUAGUUUCGAGACCUUUAUUAUUUUAGUGUGUAUCGUGCUCAUGUGCAUGUAUUUCUAAAUACAGCUGUGUUUUGUGGAAAGUAAUUACCAAACAGAAAAACCUCCUUUGAAGUAUUAUUAUCCAAGCUUAAGAAUGUAAGGCUGCAGCUAACGAUUGUUUUCAUUAUGUAUUUAUUGGUCUGACCAUUAUUUCCUCAUUAAUUUAUAAUUAAUUAACCAUUAGGGUAAAAUAUUUUAUACAAUAGUUAAAAAAAAA